AUGUACUUUCUCACUCUCUUCAUUGCCAUGUUAAUGGCAAACAUUGUCAAAUCAAGCGCAAUACAUGCACGCCAAAAAGAACCAAUCCUUGAGUGCGCAGACGAAGCGCCAAGCCCAGACUUUCUACAGCUUUCCAAGCUCCUACAAUCCUCUAAUUCGUCCCUUACACGACGCCAAACAGGGGACAAGUUCAACUUUGACGUGUUCGCUCAUGUUGUCUACUAUGAUAAGACUGCCCGAGGCGGUUAUGUAGAGGAGGAGGAUAUCAAAAACGCAAUAGAAGCCAUGAAUUGGAAUUUUGACGGUUCUGGAAUCUCAUUUACUCUGAUUAAUGUCAGCUACACGGAAAACCGAGACUGGGCUACCCUCCAAGACGUAGCAGCAAUGAAGAACGAACUGCGCGAGGGAACAUACGCAGACUUGAAUCUCUACUACGUAUCAACCAUUGAAGAAGAUAAGGAUCGAGGGACGACUACCAGUGGUACAUGUACCUUGCCCGUGACGUUCCAUGUCAACGGAAACCCGGUGGACAUCACAACUCACAAAAACGUCAUCGUGUCGGAAAGGAACCUAGUACGCGAUGGGUGCAUCAUUGUUGCUCGGUCGGUCAAUAGAGACACGGCUACCCACGAGGUCGGUCACUGGCUGGGUUUAUUGCACACCUUUGCAGGCAGCUGCAGCGACGAUGGAGAUAUCAUUGACGACACCUCUCCUCAGGAACAGCCGACAUGGCGUUGUUCUGCCGUCAGAGGGCGCUUGCCUGAUGGCACGCCGGCCCAUUACGCUUGUGGUGACUGGAGAGAAACCAAUAUGUAUAAUUUUAUGGAUUACUCGGACUGUGCGUCAACAUUUACUGAGGGCCAGAAGGAACGCAUGGGAUAUUGGGCAGGGUAUCGCGAAAUACUCGGGGCUCGCGGGCCAACUCAUCAUGCAUCUCAUUCGGCGGUUCCAGCUCCGGUUCCAGCGCCGCAUAGGGACGAAAGCGAGACACAGAUACUUUCCUAG